GGCGGCAGAAGCAGUGACGCCUCCUCAGUGGAACUGACUUGCAAUAGCGAGCUUUCUCUGCUGCACAUUUGUGGCUUCUGUGGACAUAUUAGUAACCGGUGGUUUUAGCUCCCAGUCUCUCAGAGUUGCCAGAGCGGUUAGAAGUCAUUUGGAAAGCCUAUUAGCCGAAUCUUUCUGAUCCCGGCGGCCAGCUGGCUUCUCCUGAGGUACUUUCGAAAUUUGCAGCAACCACUGAUCCUGAUCCAGGUGACUGGGGAAGAAGCUGAGGGUAUAAACCCAAACACUGAACCUGAAGACCCAGCGCAAAGUAGAAACUGAAAGUACCCCGCUUACUCUGCCGGCAGAUCCUACGGAAGUUAUGGCAAAGCCAGAGCGCCUGGGUGGCCGGUGAUGCAUGCGGCCCCUCCUGGGAUGGAUGGACCAGGCGUGGCGUGUGGGUGAGACGAGUCAGCAGCUUGGACUGCCCUGUCCAGCACUUGCUUGCGGCCAAGCGCGGAAUGACCGGGGUCCUGGGCGUGAUUAUGGGUGGUGAGAACCCGCUCCUGCUGCAGUCCCAGGCAUCAUGACUACACCCACCUCCCGCAGACCAUGUUCCAUGUUUCUUUUAGAUAUAUCUUUGGAAUCCCUCCCCUGAUCCUUGUUCUGCUGCCUGCCGCAUCUUCUGACUGCCACAUUAAAGACAAAGACGGGAGAGCAUAUGAGAGUGUGCUGAGGAUCAGCUUCGAUGAAUUGGACAAAAUGAUAGGAGCUGAUAGCAAUUGCCCGAAUAAUGAACCAAACUUUUUUAAAAAACAUCUAUGUGAUGAUAGAAAGGAAGCUGCUUUUCUAAAUCGUGCUGCUCGUAAGCUGAGGCAAUUUCUCAAAAUGAAUAUCAGCAGAGAAUUCAACGUCCACUUACUGAAAGUAUCCCGAGGCACACAAACGCUGGUGAACUGCACAAGUAAGGAAGAAAAAAGCUUAAAGGAACAGAAAAAGAAUGAUCCAUGUUUCCUAAAGAGACUCCUGAGAGAGAUAAAAACUUGUUGGAAUAAAAUUUUGAAGGGCAGUAUCUAAGCAGGACAUGGAGUAGCAACCUCUAAGAACCUACUGGCUUCUAUACGUGGAGAGGUAAAAAAAACCCUCCCAGAAGUUUCUGGAUGCCUCCUGCUCAAAUAAAUCAAGCAGCUGGGAAACCUACAAUGAGGUACUAGAUGAUGGACAUGAGCAAUGCAGCUGACUGAGACAGCCAGCACAUACAAUGGAGAUAUAUCAACCAUACAGAUUGUGUAAAGCCAUCACGUCAUCUGCAAUGCUUUUAAAACCUUUCCAAAUAUUUCUAACACUGUCAAGUCUACAGAAAUCAAGGCUAUGGAGAUUCAGAGCCACCACUGUUUUGUUAGCAAAAGGAUGGUAUGAUGGUCAACCACGCAUCGGUGAACCAUUGGGGGAGUGAAACUGUCUGUCCUGUUAAUAGACUGGAGAUACUGGAGUGCUCACGGUGACAGAUAAUGCUCAGCAACAAAAUGAAGCUUAAGUCACUUAAGGAAUCAACAAAUGUAGUUAAAUAUGAAUGUAUAACACAUAACUUCAGUUUCAAGAAUAGCAGGUAUUUUUAAAUAAAAGUAUUUUUAAAGAUAGAAAUACACUUAGUCCAAAGAUACUGAACCUUAGUAUUCAGUCACUUUUGUCACUUAUGUAUAAUAAAGCUUGUAUAACUGAAUUUUCAAUUUGAGAAGUAUAUUUUUAAAAGAAUAAUAUAUGCUAGACUUUUAAUUAAUGUAUAUGUUUAAUUUUGACAUUAUCUAUCUAUCAAGUAUUUUUAUACACUACCAAUUGCCUCCUUUGGAUAGUGUCUCUUUUUAAAAUAAAUGACCUGUGUUAACACUGUCAGGU